GACAGUAGAAAUCGCGCGAUGAUUGCGGUAAAACGUAAACAAAAUCAAAAAUUAGAUCGCUUCUAAAGGAGUUAUUUGUUGAUAUUAUGGCUGUGGACGAGAAACUUCGGCAAGUUCGUCAGCAAUUUGAGCAGAAAGGCAUUCGUCUUGAUUCGGAUUGGUUGAGCGGUUGCGUUGAAUUUUUUAUCGAUGAAAAUCCGUCGAUAUCGCCGUGUCAAUUAUUUCAACAGGCACAAGAACAAUGGGAAUUAUCCGAUUUAUGUGAUAGUGGCAUCAAAUGUUUACCCAAUUCCAUUUUUGACAAGAAAGAAAUUCAAAUCAUCAACGGCACAUUUGCACUGCAAUUGCAGUUUUUACUGGAUAUCAGCGAGUCACCGUACGAUCAACUGCAGCGAUUACAAAACAAAGAAACCGAAGUGGCCAAAGAACAACCCGAAUUCAAGCAGAAAAAUGAGAAAUCAAAAAAGAAGCGAAUGUUAAAAUUGGAGCUGACUGAUGGAUUUCGAACCGUUUCCGCCGUCGAAUACAAACCGAUACCGUCGCUGACAACACAGUUGACGCCUGGCCUCAAGCUUAUUGUGACCGGUCCGCUGCGCUGUGUGAAUCACAUUCUGUUUUUGGAAGUGAAGAAUAUUCGCAUUUUAGGUGGUGAAGUAACCACGAUGGCUGUCGAAAAUGCAUAUGAAAAUAUUCUACGGAAAUCGCUGAAUCAGCCAAUCAAUCCGAAUCCAAACACCGAAUAUCAAGAAGCACCAGUGACCACCGACACACAAUCAAAUCGACUGAACAAUAUGCCCUCAAUACCAAUGACAGCGGCCAGUUCGGCCAUUCAAUCGAAUGUGAUUUCUUCAGCUGGAAAUUUGAACACGUUGGAUGAUUUUCCGGAUGAUGAUUUUCUGAACGAUAUCGAUAUUGAUCAAAUUGCAUCACGAGCAGUGGCAGCUCCUGCUGAAACGUCGACAGCUCGACAAAAUCCAGAUAACACAAUACCACCGAUGCGAAGAAAUACGCUUCUAUUUGAUGAUAUGGACGACAACGAUUUCUUGAACAUUGACUCAACGAUUGAACAAGCAAAUGCAGCACCUCAAAACCCUCCAACACCGUCACACAAUUUUGACACACCAUCAGCAUCCGCCGAGCUGAUAACCGAAUCCGAACUGCUCAACAUUUCGGACGAUCCGAUGAUUGAUGCGGAAAAUUAUCGAUUCAAAAUUCGCGGUUUGAACUUGGUCACCGUCAAACAAUUGAAUGAAUGUUCGGCGGAGAAUCGUAAACGAAGAAAGUACUUCAUAGUGAAAGCAUCGAUUCAUGAAGUCUUUCAAACUGCUCGAGUGGGAAAAAACCAUCAAUGGAAAUUGAGUGCUCUAAUUACCGAUCCAUUGUCACAAAAUGAAACGUUAAAAGUGGCAUUUAGCUCAGAUGUAAUGGAUAAAUUGGCCGGUGUGAGUGGCCGUGAAUUACAUCAACUUUUUGCAUUGCGAGACGAACGACCACAAGUGCAAGAAGAAAUUGGCGCAAUCUUAGAACGGUUAAGCGAAAAGUUAGACGAUAUGUAUAUGUUCAUGAAAAUUCAAUGUGACACAGAUCAACCAGUCGUUGUCGAAUUAAUCAAUGCAGCUCCGGUGCUGGAUCGAAAAUUACAGGAAAAAGUCCAAUAUGAACGAUUGAGUUGAAUAAAAGAUGAUGAUUUGCUGAAAGGAGGAAAUCAACUGGAUUUUGUUGACGUUUCAUUACAUACGAUUCAAUCGUUUGUGCUAUAAAUUUUCUGCUGUUGUGUUGGCUGAUUUGUUUUAAUCGUUGUAAAUCAAAGUGAGGAAGAAGUAGAAACUGAGGGUUCCAGGAACACUGAAUUGUCCAACGAGGAAUUUAAAUAUAAUUUUUGUAUUCCGCAUCAUUAUACAAAUUUUUUUUAUCAUAAUAAAUCUUCGAGGAAAACUCAAAGGGAAAGAAAAGAGAAAAAAAAUGCAUUUUUCUUUUUUAUAAUUUUAAAUUCUUUAUUUACAGUCUUAUUUCAAAUAAAAUGAGAGCGACAUCGCAGUUUUUCGACAUUAAUAGAAUUUAUGAGCAAUGUUUUUUGUUUGUUUGUUUGUCUCGUAUGUGUUCGACGAUUUCAUGUCAAUGAAAUACACUUAUCGACUACAUGACAGAAAUCGCGA